ACAGAAUAGAAGACAGAUGAUUUGAGUAGAUUUGAUUUUGUCUUGUUUUCAUGUUUUUAUAUAAAAUAUCAAAGUUUUGAUUGUUUAAAAAAUGAGUUUAUUUAACAAAAACAGAUCAUUAUUUCUUGGAGCACGAUAUAUUGCUCGAUUACAUCAACAAAAGUGUAGUCUUUCGGUCCUAGGGAUAGAAACGUCCUGCGAUGACACUGGAGUUGCUUUAGUUCAAUCAGAUGGCAAAGUUCUUGGAAACAUUACAAAUUCCCAACAGGGAAUCCACUUGAGAUACGGCGGCAUCAUACCACCAAGAGCUCAGGACCUACAUAGAUUAAAUAUAGAAGACACCUAUAACAAAUGUAUUGAAUCUGCCGGCGUUGAUCCGUCUUCGUUAGAUGCCAUUGCAGUUACAACACGACCAGGUUUGGUAUUGAGUCUCAUGAUUGGCCUUCGGUUUGCAAAAUAUUUGGGUCGCAAAUACUCCAAGCCUAUUAUUCCAAUUCAUCAUAUGGAAGCGCAUGCCCUGGCCGUGAGAAUGGAGCAAUCUGUUGAAUUUCCAUACUUGUGUCUUUUGAUAAGUGGUGGACACAGUCAGCUUGUGUUUAUUAAAAAAGCUACAGAGUUCUAUCUUCUUGGUGAGAGCCUUGACGAUGCACCUGGGGAAGCCUUCGAUAAAAUAUCCAGACGACUUCGUUUGAAUACUAUGACGAAGUAUGCCAACUUGAAUGGGGGGCAGGCAAUAGAAACUGCUGCUAAAGAGGCUACUUCACCGGAUCGUUUUGAAUUUCCACUACCGCUUUGUCGGUACAAAGAUUGCAAUUUUAGUUUUGCUGGUUUGAAAAAUAAUGCCAUUCGCGCAAUUACCGCAACUGAGUUGAAAGAAAAAACUCGCCCUGAUGAUGUCAUAAUUGAGUAUAAAGACUUCUGUGCAGGAUUUUUGAAAGCUACAACUAGACACAUCACGAAUCGAACUCAAAGAGCACUAGAAUUCUGUUUAAGAAAAAUGUUUUUCGACAACAACUUAAAGCCAACGAUAGUUGUCUCUGGUGGUGUGGCUAACAACGAUUAUAUCUUCGACAAUAUUUGUAAUCUGGCUAAAAAAUAUGAUGGACGAGUAUUUCGACCUUCAAAGCAAUAUUGUUCUGAUAAUGGAGCAAUGAUUGCUUGGAAUGGAUUAGAAAAAUUAAUGGAAGAUAAAUCUUAUGCACUCACGAAUUUUGAUAAUCUAGAUGUUAAGGGUAAAUGUAGUUUAGGCUUUAGUUUAAUUGACGAAGUAGCAAACGAAGAUAUUAAAUGUAAAUGGGUUAAAACGUUAUAGUAAAAAAUUGUAAAAGAAAUUAGAAAAUAAAUUUAUUCAGAGAUGCAA